GACAUUGCUGUUACCCGCCUGUGUCCUCUCAACCCCUCCCUAUUGUCAGUGAGGGAAUGUGAUGCGGGCUCGGUGUCAGUGCUGUGGGCCAGGCUUCUCUAUUCAUACCGAAGCUGUCAAACCAGUCUCUUUCCUACUACACCGAGCAAAUCGUACAGUCGCUGCAGAAUAUACACAAGGGCGGCCGGCUUCGGGAGGUCAGGAGGAGGCGGCGAGGAGCAACGAGAAGCAGCGGCCAUUGCAAUGCGAGACUUACCCGGGAUCUCCCUGCUUGUGAUGUGCCAGGCCGGUUUUGCGUAGCUCCGGGAUGAUGGGGCGCACCGAUCUGACGGCGCUGAUGUCCGCGCAGCCCUCUCAGCUGUGCCCGCACUAGGCCUGUGUGUCUAUUACUGUAUCACUGCUGCUCUUACUGUAUCACUGCUGCUCCUGCACGAGCGGACACACUGGCGAGCACAGUUUUUGGAUUUUCGAACAAAUGAUGCUCUCCCAUGUGAAAUUGGAAUAGCUGGUUGCUAAUUUGCUAUGGACCCACUUACCUAGCAACCAUACGAUUGUGUGGAAGAUGAAUCGGAGAGAGACUCUGUAGAAAGGAUGAAGCAUGAUGGUAAUGUGAGUCAGCGCUCAUGUUUGUGAUUCCUUCAUGUAUUCUCAGCACUGAAAGAACAAGAAUCGAUCAGGUUUCCCCCAAAUGACUUUCCAGGCACUUCUUUAAAAACCCUUAAGCAGUUUUCUCUGUGUAACUGAUUCUAUCAGUUUUGGAGAAGCCAAAACUUGCUCUUCAAGAUGCUAAUUAAAGAAUAUCGCAUCCCGCUUCCCAUGACUGUGGAGGAAUACCGGAUUGCACAGCUCUACAUGAUCCAGAAGAAGAGCCGAGAAGAGACCUGCGGGGAGGGCAGUGGGGUGGAAAUUCUUGAGAACAGACCCUACACUGAUGGUCCUGGGGGCACUGGCCAAUACACUCAUAAGGUAUACCACAUUGGCAUGCAUAUACCCAGCUGGUUCCGUUCUAUCCUGCCUAAAGCUGCCUUGCGGAUUGAAGAAGAGUCCUGGAAUGCAUAUCCCUACACCAGAACCAGAUACACGUGCCCCUUUGUGGAGAAGUUUUCUAUAGACAUAGAAACAUACUAUAAAUCAGACUCUGGAGAUCAUGCCAAUGUGUUUAACCUUUCUCCGGCAGAAAAACGUCAAACAACACUUGAUCCAAUUGACAUUGUGAAAGAUCAAAUCCCCCCACAUGAAUACAAGCCAGAAGAGGACCCAAAACUAUAUAAAUCCACCAAGACUAAGAGGGGCCCCUUGUCAGAUGAUUGGAUAGAAGAUCACAGGAACAAGAUUGGGAAAUAUCCUAUUAUGUGUGCAUACAAGCUCUGCAAGGUGGAAUUUCGCUAUUGGGGAAUGCAGUCCAAAAUCGAGAGGUUCAUACAUGAUGUUGGUCUGAGGAAAGUAAUGGUUAGGGCUCACAGACAAGCAUGGUGUUGGCAAGAUGAAUGGUAUGGUCUUACCAUAGAGGAUAUCCGACAACUGGAAAAGGAAGCACAACUGAUGCUUGCCCAGAAAAUGGCCCAAUUUAGCCUCAAUGAGAAUGAAACAGAGCAGCAUGGAGCCAAAGAAUCUCCUAGUGAGAAAGACACAGAAUCCAAGCCUACCAUCUCUAUUGAAACAACUGAAGAAUCAACAGGCAUGACAGAAUCACUGUCAGGAAGGGGCCUUACUAAGCAGUGGUCUACUUCUUCCAGGUCGUCCAGAUCUUCAAAAAGAGGAGCUAGCCCAUCUCGCCACAGUAUAUCCGAGUGGAGGAUGCAGAGCAUCGCCAGAGAUUCGGACGAAAGCUCAGAUGAUGAGUUUUUUGAUGCUUAUGAAGAUUUGUCAGAUAACGAGGAAGUGUUGCCCAAAGAAAUCACAAAAUGGAGCUCGAAUGACCUGAUGGACAAGAUAGAAACAGCUGAGAAUGAUGAACUUCAAGAUGAUUCAUACCACGAACCUGCAGAGUACACAGUCAGUUCGAGUGUGGAGAGAUUAAGCAUAAUGGAGACACACAAUACAGUUAUCCAUGCACACGUCAUUCCCAGAAUACCUGCUGUUGCUCUCACAAAUGUCAAUCCCACAGAUCUGGCAGCAGAUGAAUCAGCACAGGUCUCUUCCCAGCCAUGUAAAAUCCAUGUGCUAAUUUUGGUGCUUCAUGGAGGCAAUAUUUUAGACACAGGCUGUGGAGAUCAAAAUUCAAAGCAGGGUGACGUCAACACCAUUAACUCUGUGUUUGAUACAGUAAUGAGGGUCCAUUACCCAGCUGCAUUAGGACACAUUGUAGUCAAGCUUGUUCCUUGCCCAGCUAUCUGUGCUGAAGCCUUUUCACUGGUAUCCAGCUUGAGUCCCUACAGUUAUGAUGAAGGCUGCUUGUCCAAUAGCCAGGAUCACAUACCAUUAGCUGCCCUUCCACUUUUGGCCACCUCAUCCCCACAGUACCUUGAAGCAGUGGCCACUGUGAUUCAUCGAGCCAACCAGGUCUACUCCGAGUUCACCAAGUCACAGGAAGGCAUGUCUUUCACUGGACAGGUGUGCUUAGUUGGAGAUUGUGUUGGAGGAAUCCUGGGAUUUGAUGCCUUAUGUUAUAGCAAUCAGACUGUGUCAGAGAGCCAGAAUAGCAGCCGAAGAGGAAGUGUUGUGAGUGUGCAGGACACAGAUCUUCUUUCUCCAGGCAUUAGUGUCAACAACAGCUACUGCUCAACAAGUUCAAAUCUGGAAACCAGUCGGCACCUGAGUCGAAGCAAUAUUGACAUACCUCGGAGCAAUUGUGAGGACCCAAAGAGACAGCUACCACGAAAGCGGAGUGAUUCCUCCACGUAUGAACUGGAUACCAUCAAGCAGCAUCAAGCAUUCCUGUCCAGUUUGCACUCUAGUGUCCUAAGAAAUGACCCAGGAUCCCGAAGGUCAAGUAGCUCUACAAUGCUGGAUGGUGGCAAUAUUGGGAAGUUUGACUUUGACAUCACUGACUUCUUCCUGUUUGGAUCCCCACUGGGCCUAGUUCUGGCUCUCAGAAAAACAGUGAUUCCACUCUUAGAUGUUUUUCAGCUCAGGCCUGGCUGCCAGCAGGUUUAUAACCUCUUCCAUCCAGCAGACCCAUCUGCCUCUCGAGUGGAACCCCUCUUGGAGAAGAAAUUUCAUUUGCUGCCCCCUUUCAAUGUCCCUCGGUAUCAAAGGUUCCCAUUGGGUGAUGGAAACUCUGCCGUGUUGGUCGAAGCUAUACAGAACAAUCCCAUCCUUCUCAUGGAAGGCAGCCCGGCGGUUGCUCUCCAGCAUCAAGAUGGCUUCAUGGAAACCAGUAUCCCUGUUCCUGUGCUAAGCUGCCAAGACACUUCCACGGAUGUUGUUCAAUUUCAUGGUGCAGUCUUCGUGGAAAAUGCCUCCCCUUCUUCCCCUAUAACAGCCCCCCACUUCAGGGGAUACCGGAGAGCAAGUGAAAUCAGCAUUGCAAGUCAGGUCUCUGGAAUGGCAGACAGUUACACGGCCUCAAACAUAGCCAACAAAACAAAAAAUGAUCUUAAUAAUUCCAGAAAGUUAAGUCUCCUUUCCCAGCUUGCUCUCCCCUACCAAUCCCAAAUAAUACCAGGUACCCCACCAAACCAUAGACAGUACCAUUCUGAACAGAGUAACAUAGGAAGAACAGUAGAGAUGGGGGAUUGGAGGCACAAGAUAAAUCCAGGCAUCCGACCCUCGGACAUCUCCAGAGUUGCAGCAAAGUGGUGGGGCACGAAGCGAAUUGACUAUGCUCUUUACUGUCCGGAUGCCCUAACGGCGUUCCCCACAGUUGCCCUUCCUCAUCUUUUCCAUGCCAGUUACUGGGAGUCCACAGAUGUUGUCUCUUUUCUUUUGAGACAGGUCAUGAGACAUGAAAAUUCAAGCAUUCUGGAUUUAGUCGGAAAAGAGGUUUCUGAGUUCAGUCCUUCAAAGCCAAGGGAGAAAUGGCUGCGUAAAAGAACACAUGUAAAAUUAAGGAAUGUUGCUGCAAACCACAGAAUUAAUGAUACUGUUGCCAAUGAAGAUGGGCCUCAGACCCUUACAGGAAGAUUCAUGUACGGCCCUCUUGACAUGGUCACUCUGACUGGGGAAAAGGUUGAUAUUCACAUUAUGACCCAGCCUCCCACUGGAGAGUGGGUGUACUUUGACACUGAAAUAAGUAAUAGCAGUGGCAGAAUCUCCUACGUCAUCCCUGAAAACAAAAGGCUUGGGAUUGGGGUUUAUCCUGUGAAGAUGGUUGUCAGGGGGGACCACACUUACGCCGAUAGCUAUCUCACAAUUCUACCGAAAGGGACAGAAUUUGUAGUGUUCAGCAUUGAUGGAUCAUUUGCUGCAAGCGUUUCUAUCAUGGGCAGUGAUCCCAAAGUCAGAGCAGGAGCAGUUGACGUAGUGAGGCACUGGCAGGACCUUGGCUACCUCAUUAUCUAUGUCACAGGUAGACCUGACAUGCAGAAGCAGAGGGUAGUGGCAUGGCUUACACAGCACAACUUUCCACAUGGCAUUGUGUCUUUUUGCGAUGGACUGGUCCAUGAUCCUCUGCGACAUAAAGCAAAUUUUGUGAAAAGCCUCAUUUAUGAUGUACACAUGAAGGUCCAUGCCGCAUAUGGUUCCACUAAGGAUAUCACAGUAUACAGCUCUCUCGGUUUGUCACCACUGCAGAUUUACAUAGUUGGUCGACCCACCAAAAAGUUACAACAUCAGUGUCAGUUUAUCACAGACGGCUAUGCUGCUCACCUUGCUCAACUGGAAUAUAAUCGCCGCUCUCGAACUGCUAAGAAUACAAGCAGGAUGGCGCUAAGAAAAGGGAGCUUUUGUCUUCCUGGCCAAUCAGAUUUCCUUCGAAAGAGGAACCAUUUGCUUCGUACUAUCUCAUCAAAACCAUCGGGAAGCAGCAACCACAAACCAGAGCGGACACAGAGCCAGUCAGAGAGUGAGGGAGACCAAGAGAAGGAACGUAGCCAAAGAAGCAUGAGCAUUGCUGCAGGGUGUUGGGGAAGGAGUGCAGCCACCACUAAGCAGGAAUCUGGCAUUUUAAGUCAGAAAUAGACUCCUGCACCCUGGACAUUUUCUUGUAUUUGGCUCUGGCCACUAAUUGGGGAUGGGAGGGGGGGGAAGUUCAACAAGAAAGGAACAGAGGCCACACUCUGCAGGAAAGUCUGGUGUCAACAACAUGGUGCUACAAUAUGACACUAGAAUUGGUGCAGGUCAUGUGAUAUGAACUGCAGGCCUUAAAUUUGGUAGCAAUGCUACCCCGCAGCACCUGAAGGCGACACGGGGGGGAAUUCACAAAAGUGUUGGUAAAAUAAGUAACCCAGAAGUGGCGAUCGACAAAUUUGUAAAAUGUCAUACGAAAACGGCAAAUUCACAAAGGCAGAUGUUACUGUCUCUGAAUGUCUCGUAAGCCCGACAAUUUUCUAAAAUCUCGUAUAUCUUUUCGUCAGACAGACGACAUCUUACUGAGCGUUUUCAAAAGACAAUUUGACCGACAUUUUCAUUUUAGAGAGCCUAAUGUGUUGGAAAAAUUGUCGGCAAAACAAAUGAGUUUCUGAGCAAUUCAUAAAAAUGUUGGGGAAAGUGGCGCCGAAAAAAAACACGCCCACUUUUAACGACACUAUUUCAAAAGUGUCGUACAUGUCGGAAAAUCUAAAAGAUAUUUUUUCGUUCCCGACACUUUUGUGAAUUCCCUCCAUGGAGUUUAAAAGUAGCCCAACAUUUUUUUUUCUUAUCCAGGUUCAGAAACUUAGCAAUGUAAAUAGGUGCCUCCUUAACCUACUUAGCCAUCUCCAAAAUGCACAACAAAUAGCUGGAUCAAAAUGAAGAAGGAUUUGUGACUUUUCUUGUACUCCAGACUAAGAGAGCAUAAGCUGAAACUGCAGGGCAAAUAGGCUUCUUCAGUGUGCACAGGCUUCUCCAUCACUUGCAAACCAGGUUUUUAUUUGAAUAGUCCCCCUUUAAUGCAGUGGCAGCUUUCCUACAAAAUCCACUCAAAUCACAAUUCACUCUGCUGCAGUAAGUCAUUUAUUAUGAGAAUCCUGGAAUCAUUUUGUGAUUAGAUUGCCGCAAACAAGUAUUCCAGAAGAUCUUUAGCUCCUGAAGUUCUAAAAAUUCUCUACACCCUAUUUGGCUCUUCUUGCAUGUAAUUGCUCCACUGUUAUACCUUUGUCAACUGUUAAACCAUUUUUUUCUUUGCACUGAUUUUUAGAUUGGAGAUCUGUUACCAUCUCACAUAGCCUCUCAUCAUAGUCUGUUGCACAUUAAUGCUGUACUGCGACAGUAGGGUAUAAAUAAUUUGUGUGGAUGUUUUCUUCUGCACUGAGCGGAAACAAAGCAGGAGUGCCAAAAAAUAAGUUGUUUGGUACUAGGCUCUGUAGUCUUUGAUUUUCCAGCUAUUACUUAAGCUACAACUCUGAGCAAAACCGAACAUCACUUUGCAAUGGGGUAAUGGAAGAGUGAAUACUGGAAAGCCUUAGGCUUCAUAACCCUAGUGCAUAUUUUUUUUUAGAAGGCCAUAUCUUUUUUUUCAGCUGUCAGAAGGAUUGGUGAAGCAGUUUACUAUAUUCCAGUAGAGUGUUGCAUAUAAAUUUAGCUUACUUAUAACCAUAGUGGUCAUUAACUAGCUAUAAGCUCAUUAAUAGGGGCAGAAUACUUCACCAACGGUUAAAGAACCACUUUGAAGCUCAGGAGUAAACAAGGAGUGCUGCACUGAUCAAUCUGAUUUAGCACUGUGAAAUAUUUCUGUACUUUGCUUAUAGGAUUGAACUAAAUGCAAAACUGACCUAACAUUUGGUUUUCCUUUAAAUUUGGGUUUUGUUGCACACAGUGAUGAGACAAGUCACAUCAACAGACAUGGAUUUGAAGCAAUAUCCAUGAAUAAAUGGGCAUGUUAUCAUUAAAAUGUGCCCCUCCUAGACUUUCCUUGAAGACCUUUUCAGUUGUUUUGUUUCUCAUGGUCCACGACAGUAGGGCCUGUUAUUAUGCUUCACAUACACUGGCACAUAUGGAAAGAGUUAGCUGGUCCAACUACUCAGAUCAUACCCAUUAUGUCUAUUAAAAUCAGAUGGGUAAGCUUGAUUUAUUUGCCUGCAUCCGAUCUGAUGGGCAAUACAGUGAGGUGUAGCUGUAUAGCACAGUUUGGUUUUGAUUUGAUCAUUUUAUCUGAUAGUGACAAACUAGGUAUUUUCAUUAUAGAAGCAACUAAAAUCCCAUUUCACAUUGGCUUCUUUUACAAAUCUGAUCCAAGUGAGUUACUUAUAAAUCCAGUUACAUAUUACUUACACAGGCAUCAGACAAGUACAACAGGUGUAUGGUUAAUAUUGGCAAAUAUGGCAGCAACAUUGGAUCCUACCAAUUUCUUCUAUCCGUUACUUACCACCAUCUCUCUGGAAGGUAACAGGUUUUUGAUUCCGAUCAAGUGACCCUUAAACUGUGCAAUUGAUUUAGCUGAAUUGCUGUAUAACCAGACACCUGGUCCAACUGGGGAGGAGUUUAUCACUCAGAUUUAUUAUUUAGAUUUUAGAUUUAUUAAUUAUCUGAUUGGCCUAAGACCUCUGUUGGUUUGAAGGGAGAGGGCUUAGCUGAUAUAUACAUUUAUGAUAGAACAUGAUUAUACGCCACAAUGCAGUAAAGGAGAUCAAUACACCUGUGAAACAGACUGCAAACUCUUACUGAUAAUUUUUUAUUUCUAGGAAGCCAUUGUCCAUCUAAGUUAUUAGUGGGAACACUUCAUAAAUCCCUGCCUCAAAAUAUAUUCCCUUCAUUUCACAUUAUUAUUAUUAUAUAGCUUUUUUGUUUUUUUUACAAUGAACUUUUAAACUUUCUUUUAAAAUCUAAAUAACACAAUGUAAUGUGUGGCUCUUUUAUGAUGGGAUGAUCAACUCAUGCCUCUCUCAAUGUUGCUGAACUUCUGUGCUCAUUCGAAAGGUUGUAGCUCAACAACAUCUGGAGACUUCAAAGUUGCCUGUGUCUGGUUUAAUACAUAUAUUAGAGCAGAUUGGGAAAGACAUAUCCAAGAGACCCCAGCAGCAAAUGUAGUAACUCAGUAAAUAAGAAAACAAAAUAAGAAAAUGUGAUAAAUUGUCAUAAUAUCAGCAUAAAUAUAUAUUCUAGGGAUAGACAGCCUCCAGUGUACCCGAUGUUGCACAACCUCAUCUCUCUUUUACUGUUGCAACAACAGGAGGCCCAAACACUGCCAGUCCCUAGAAAAACUCCGCCCAAAGCAUUACAUUACCGGUGUGAAGAAUUAGAUAUGGCCUUUACCAGAGAAACACUGAGCUCAAAAUGCACAAGUAGGGGGAAAUGUAUGUAAAUUUAUUGUAAUGUGCAAGGAAUGAUAACCUAUUGUGUGUAGAUAUUGUAAAACAUACCAAUGUAAAUGUUCAGAAAAGUGGUUAUAUAAAAAGUGAGUUAUUUAUUUAUGUAGAAAAUGUCUUGGGCGGGGAAGAUACUCUGCGUUUUUAAUGAAUAUUGUAAAAAAAAAAUUUUAAAUAGCUUUUUGUUUUGGUUUGUUUCAGGCAUUAUGUACAAAAAACUAAUUUAAAGGACCAAGUAUAAUGUAUUUAUUUGCACAAGUGCAAUAUGAUAUUGUCACCUCUUUAGCUCCAUACUUUCAAAGUAGAAUUGACAAUCAUACUCUGUCUCUCUCUCCAUACUUUAUGUCUCUUCUACAUGUUGCUGAGAGCACCCUGCCUUUCCUGCGCUACGAUCUUUGCCACGUGGAUGAUAAUCCUGAAUUUUAAAAUGGAACUGCAAUACUAUCAGAUUAUGCAGAAAGGAGGACUGUGCUGGUAGAACAGGCACAAUGCAUUAGACAGGGGAUGUCCAACUUGCUGUCUUAUAGCUCUUAUUGACCACUAAUGCCCAGAUGCUGAGAGCUGUAGUUCAACAAGAGCUAGAGGGCUGUGGACAUUACACUCGUUGGGGGAAAUCAAUUCCCUGUGCCUGUUUACAUGUAAAAAAUCAUUUGGAGCCCUCUAUUACCUGUUCUAUGACCUGUGAAUACCAUGUCAGUCUGUGUCCAUUUUCCAAUAGCAAUAGCGCAAUUCCGUUUCAAAAGGAGCAACUCACUCUAUGAUAGCAGUGUGUGUAUUUAAGUGAAAAUGCCAUUUAUUUAUCAGUUUGAAAAUGCUGGAUUUUUUUUUUUUUUGUCGAGCUUGCUUCCGCAGGAAUUACAUCUUCCCCCCUUCUAUCUUUAUAAUUUUGAUUUUAUCAUUUUAGUCUCAAAAAUAACCAAAAAAUAAAGUUUACAAUGUUAGAAAAUACAAUAAGUGAAAACCAGAGGCUUGUGGUCAGUUGCUCGUUCAACAGUUCCCUGCCAGUGAGUUAUACGACAUGCUGCUCUGUCCUGCGGGGCCACAGGCUGUUUGCCAAUGAAAGUGUUUAACCAGACUGCCAUCCAUCAUGUAUAGGAACCUGCACUUUCAGAAGCCCAGACGGAAAGCUGCGUCACCUUUGCUGCAUUCAUUCUGCUCUGUGUUAUUGCAACAAGUAUAAUAAUCCUGAUUGCCUGUUUUAUAUCAGUGUUAAUAUUUCAUGUCUAAAGAGCUCUUUGUUAGAGGCAAAAUCCUUUAAAUGGAUAUCAUGGAGGCAUGCCGCUAGAGCACAAUUAGCAAUGGUGGUGGCUUACAUGGAGAGGAGCUGCACAAGUGACUCUUCCAAACAUCUGUCUGCAGCUUCCUGGUUUUCAUUUCUUGUAUUACCUUGAUGUAAGUGUGUACAGAUGCUACUUGCUUGUAUGUGACCCACCAUACUGACCACUUGCUGUUAGUGUGUUGUUUUACUCCUUAGUGUGCUUUCUGUGCAGUACCCAUUGUACGUUACACAGAUUAAAGAUUUGGGAAGGCAA